AUGCUAACUCCUGUUGUUGGAGUGACUGUGCACAGUGUAAUAUGUCUAAUAGGGCUAAUUGGCAACGCGUUCAUCCUUAUAGUGCAUUUCCUAGACUGGCUGAAGACAUAUGAAUUCAACCCUUGUGAUAUAAUCAUUAACAGUAUCAGCAUCUCCAACAUGUUUCUCCAAGCUGCAAUUUUAUUUAAUGAGGUCUGCUACUACAUGUUUCUGUUGUUUUAUGCUCAGAAAUUCGUAAUCAACUCCACGGUGGUUAUCAUGGCUUCACUGGCAUUCUGUAGUCUUUGGUGCUCCACCUGUCUGUGUUUUUACUAUUGCGUGAAGAUCACAAAUUUCAGUGGGACUCUCUUCCACAAGCUCAAGUCAAAGCUCCCAAGAAUGGUACCAUGGAUGUUAAUAAUCUCUAUUGCUAUGUCUAGUGCUGCUGGCAUACCAGCCUACUGGGACCUAUACUUAGAUAUUCCCACUCGCCCUAUUAAUUUUACAAGAAACAUGACAUUAACAAUGUCUUUUAACUUAAAGAGCAGGUGCAAUUGUCUUUAUCAGUUCUACAUGCUGUUUUCCGGUGUGGCAUUCGUCAUUAUUUUCUUUACAGCUGGGGCAAUUAUCACAUCUCUCUGCAAGCAUAUGAUAAGGAUGAGGCAGAACAGUGAAGGUUCUGGCACUGGAAAAAUCAAUUCUCACUUAUCAGCUGCAAAAACAGUUACAUCUCUGCUACUUCUUUACUUAAUUUUCUAUGGAACUUUGAAUUUAAUAUUUAAUGAUUCCUCCUCGGAAGUAGGCAGCUUAUUGUUUUCUUUCUGCUUCAUUGUGGUUGCCAGCUUCCCAACAAUAAACUCCAUAAUAUUAAUCAUGGGGAACCGGAAAUUGACAAAUGUUUUUAAGAAACUGUUGGGUAUUAGAUCUGUUGCUGGUAGUAACAGUGAAGUCACUGGAUCCUAA